GACUUCGCCAGUCUCCUAUUACGUCAUCACAAUCUACACCUGAGGCAUCUGUGUCACACAUCACCGUCAGCCAUUUUAUGACAACACUGACGCAACAGAUCCUAAAAAAAUAAAGUCUCUGGGCCGCAGUUUUAAUUCUGAAAGAUGCAAAAACAAAGGAACACGAUAAUAAUGGGAUCAUGUUUCGUGAUGGGAUUGCUUCUUGUGUGUAUUGUGGUAUCAGUGACAGCUGAGGAGAGUGCAGACCAAGGCAGUAGUACCACUACAACAGUACCACAAAUUAAACUAGAAGAGGCAGAGGCAAAUUCUAGUAUAAAGGCUGUGGACAUAACAGCAUUUGUGACAUCACGCAAUGGAACAUCUGAAGAAAGAGGUGUUAGAAAGGGGAAGGAUCUCCUUGAUUGGAUAGGCUUUGGUACCGGAAGUGAUACAGAUCCAUAUCUGGCAAGGACAAAUGCUGCUUGUCUUAACGGAGACCUGUCGGAGUGUUUCAAAUCCAGGGCUCUAACAUCCUUGGACGAGUUCUUCGGUAAGGAUACAUACACACUGACAGACAACGCCAAAGUGGUUCGAAUGCCGGUCUCUCAGUUGAGGCAGCUCCAUCAAGAAGCGUUCGAGUUUUCGUCUACUCCUCGGGCUGAGGAGCCAGAGUGGGACCAGUUCGUGAAGUUCCUUCUGCGGAAGGUGGAGAGGUUUCUCAAGUCCACGGCGAUAGAAGUGCAAUUCCCAAAUGAGGUCACAGAAGGAGGAAGGUACGCGCCACGGUUCAUCGAUGAAAUUGCAACUGAAAUCGAUAUAAUAGAGGACAAGAAUGAAAGCAGCUUCUCUCGGACAAAGCUGAAGAAGUUGUUUAUUCCGCUGUUGAUCAUCCUGAAGUUGUUCAAACUCAAGUUGCUGUUGUUUCUACCGCUGAUCCUUGGACUGGCGUCCUUCAAGAAACUGCUUGGCUUCCUAGCUUUCGUUAUUCCUGGGCUUAUUGGUUUCUUUAAGCUGUGUAAACCGGAUCUGCAUCAUAAUUACGGGAGUUACGGUCACAGCACUUUCUACCACCAACCCCCGCACAACAAGCACCAAUACACAGCAGCAGGAGUCGCUACCGGACACCAUUACUUCAGUGCACCAGGGGGCCCGGGCUCGUACUACGGCAAUAUCUAUGCGAGGGACUCCGAGAGCCAGCCGGCAGCAGCACAGGACGAGACAUAUGUUUCUUCCGCCAUCGCAUCCCCUUCUGUAGCCUUCAGAGACCAAGACAGUGAACCCACGUACAACGCGCAACAACUCGCAUACAGGGGUUACCAACAUUUCCAAAAAGGAUGAAGUUUAGAGGCGCUAUUAUUGCGACUCACUUCGAUGGAUAUAUAUAUAUAUUUUUAAUUUAUUAGAGACGAAAAUUUGGCCAGAACACGAGACUGAUAUGGAGUUAAGAUCCAUAAAAAAUAACCGAAAAGGGAAUUUGUAAACUAACACAUUUAUUUUUUAACUUUAUAUUCAAAUUCAAAUUAAAUUAACAUGUUACAUUUUUUGUUACCUCUAAUCCUAUAAGCUAUAUUUAUUUUCUUCGAGUUUACAAAUUAUUGGACUUAUAUAAAUAUAAAUUUGGAAUGCGUGUAUUCCAAAUGUCGAAUUCCGACAGUUACUGAACUGGAUCGUGCCUUUUACAUAUCAAACUGGACUGUGUUAUCUAAACGUCUGCAUCGCCCCGACAUUUGCAAACGUAGACUCUCUUUACAAUUAUUCAUAAGAAAACCCAUUUGAAUGAACACACAAGAAACAUAGGCCCCAGGCAAUUUCUUUUCAUUUAAAAAUUGUAGAAACAGAUGGACAGUCAAGG